AGGGAGCAAUGGAAGAGUUAAUAGUUGAACUUCGUCUCUUUCUUGAACUCCUGGACCAUGAAUAUCUAACAUCAACUGUCAGGGAGAAAAAGGCAGUCAUCACCGACAUCCUGCUGAGGAUACAGUCAUCCAAAGGUUUUGAAGUGAAAGAUCAUGCUCAGAAGCAAGAGACCCCCAACAGCCUGCCGGCCCCUCCCCAGAUGCCUCUGCCAGAGAUCCCGCAGCCGUGGCUGCCACCUGACAGUGGGCCGCCACCGUUACCGACAUCCUCUCUCCCAGAAGGUUAUUAUGAGGAAGCUGUGCCCUUGAGUCCUGGGAAAGCACCGGAAUACAUCACCUCAAAUUAUGACUCAGAUGCAAUGAGUAGCUCUUAUGAAUCAUAUGAUGAAGAGGAGGAGGAUGGAAAGGGGAAGAAAACACGACACCAGUGGCCCUCUGAGGAGGCUUCCAUGGACCUGGUGAAGGACGCCAAGAUCUGUGCCUUCCUGCUGCGAAAGAAGCGCUUCGGACAGUGGACCAAGUUACUCUGCGUCAUCAAAGACACCAAACUACUGUGCUAUAAAAGUUCCAAGGACCAGCAGCCUCAGAUGGAACUACCACUCCAAGGCUGCAACAUUACAUAUAUCCCAAAAGACAGCAAAAAGAAGAAACACGAGUUGAAAAUUACUCAGCAAGGCACAGACCCACUUGUUCUUGCAGUCCAGAGUAAGGAGCAGGCCGAACAGUGGCUGAAGGUGGUCAGAGAAGUCUACAGCGGCUGCAGUGGGCCAGCGGAUCCGGAAUGUUCUCCCCCGUCCAGCUCCCCGGUGCACAAGGCAGAACUGGAGAAGAAACUGUCUUCAGAGAGACCCAGCUCAGAUGGAGAGGGUGUUAUAGAAAAUGGAAUUACUGUGUGUAACGGAAAAGAACAAGUUAAGAGGAAAAAAAGUUCCAAAUCAGAGGCCAAGGGAACUGUAUCUAAAGUCACUGGGAAAAAAAUCACCAAGAUCAUCGGUUUGGGAAAGAAAAAGCCAUCCACAGAUGAGCAGACCUCCUCCGCUGAGGAAGACGUUCCCACUUGUGGCUACCUGAAUGUGCUCUCCAACAACCGCUGGCGGGAGCGCUGGUGCCGAGUGAAGGAUAAUAAGCUCAUUUUCCACAAGGACAGGACCGAUCUCAAGACCCAUAUCGUCUCUAUUCCUCUCCGGGGCUGUGAGGUGAUCCCGGGACUGGAUUCCAAACACCCCCUGACGUUCCGGCUGCUUCGCAAUGGACAGGAGGUUGCUGUGCUGGAGGCCUCUUCUUCUGAAGACAUGGGCAGAUGGAUUGGAAUCUUGCUGGCUGAGACGGGGUCCUCCACAGACCCCGGGGCUCUGCACUACGACUACAUAGAUGUGGAGACAUCCGCAAAUGUCAUUCAGACAGCCAAGCAAACCUUCUGUUUCAUGAACAGGCGUGUUAUAUCUACUAACCCAUAUCUAGGGGGUACCUCCAACGGCUACGCCCACCCCAGUGGGACGGCACUGCACUACGACGACGUCCCGUGCAUAGACGGCUCGUGGGAACCUGAGGAUGGCUUUCCUGCCUCCUGUGGCCGAGGCCUGGGAGAAGAGGUGCUUUACGAUAACGCAGUCCUCUACGAUAACUUGCCAUCUCCGAAAAUCUUUGCACGCUACCCGCCUGCUGACAAAAAGGCUUCUAGACUGUCUUCUGACAAACUGUCUUGUAACCAUUACAAACACCCUACCUCCUGCAGCCUGCCUUCCACUCAGUCUGUCACUAACACCCCUUCUCUGGGGAGGGCGUCUCUCGGGCUCAACUCCCAGUUGAAGGGUAAAAAGCCCCCAAUAGCACCCAGUGGGGUUACAGGAAAAGGGAAGACUCUGAGCAGUCAGCAGAAGAAAGCUGAUUCCACAGCCAGUGUGAAGCGGACACCGUCCAAUGCUGACCAGUACAAAUAUGGCAAGAACCGGGUGGAAGCAGAUGCCAAGCGACUGCAGACCAAAGAGGAGGAGCUGCGGAAGAGGAAGGAAGCCCUGCGGAACAGGCUGGCCCAGCUCCGGAAGGAGAGGCGGGACCUGAGGGCUGCCAUCGAAGUGAACGCAGGCAGGAAGACCCAGGUGAUUCUGGAAGAUAAGUUGAAGAGGCUGGAGGAGGAGUGUAAGCAGAAGGAGAUGGAGCGCGUCAACUUGGAGCUGGAGCUGACAGAGGUCAAGGAGAGCCUGAAGAAGGCCCUGGCUGGCGGGAUUACUCUGGGGCUGGCCAUCGAGCCCAGAUCAGGGACAUCGAGUCCACAGUCCCCAGUUCCUAGGCACCGGACUCUGGAGAACUCGCCCAUGUCCAGCUGUGAGACCAGUGACGCGGAGGGUCCAGUGCCGGUGAACAGUGCAGCCGUCCUGAAGAAGACCCCGCCGGCCGCCGGCAGCUCCCCCUGCCGGGGACACGUGCUUCGGAAGGCCAAGGAGUGGGAGCUGAAGAACGGAACAUAGAGACCUGCAGGACUCUGCGGCUCGACCAGGCGCUGCCCCUCCGGAUGCUGACCUGAGCGCAAGA